UGCAAAUCUUGUUCAGUAAGACCCUUUAGAUAACUAUGUUGGGAGAAUUGAACCAGAUUUUGACCGGAGAAGAUGAGAGUUAUGUGAUUGAACUCUGGCUUGUAACAGUUCUAUUUAUCUGGAUGUUUGCGAAGUUAUGGAUUGUAGAUGUUAACAAGAACCCUGAACUAGAGGAUGUAAGAGAGGAGAAGCCUGGUGCAGUAUCCGACCAGACCAGGCCAACUUAUCGCACUGGUAUCCCUGGGAUCGUUCCACUCCGUUGUGAUCCUGAAAGAUGUAAAUCGCAAAAUUCUGUAAUCUCACAAAAUUCAUCGGGUGUUGUGAAGAAGAAGCAAGGAGAAUUUACUCCUCCAAUACCAGCACCCUAUCCACCCAGCUACAACCAUAAGAGUAACCAAGGGGUGAAGAGAAGGUUGUGUGAACUAGCAAAAAGUGCUCCGAGGCACAGCAACUAUAUCCAGUUGUUCCUGGAACUCUUCUCCGGGUACAAGAUAGAUAUCAAUGAACCUCUUCUCCUCAAUGGUAUGACAAUAUUCCACUGCUGUUGCUUGUCUGUAAGCUACAAGCUGAUGGUUUCUGUUAUUCAUCUCGCUGACAUAUCCAUCCUCACAUACCACAA